UGCUGCCUCGGGUUUCGGCUGCUGUGAUGUCCCUGCCACCCUGGACUAUACUACAAAAUUGUGAACCAAAAUAACCCUCCUUCCUUAGCUUACUUUUGAUGGACAGUUUGUCAAAUGGAGAAAAGUCACUAGUAUAAUGCAACUCCCUAUCUGCCAUCCCAGAGAGCCCGUGCUGCUCCUGCUUGGCCUGGGUUGGGGGCUAGACAUGUCCCUUUCUUGUGGGUACAGUGCAAAAGAGGCUAUACCUGUCCACAGGCUUCAUUUUUACAUCCCGGACCCUGCCUUGUCUUUGAAAGUGUUGUUUUCCCUACCCUGGCCCAUAAAAUGCCAUGGAUAUUUAUCUCCAGGGACCCAGAACCUCUUCUGACUCAAAGAGCUAUUCCUGAGCCCCCACUAGAAGGUGCAGCUGAGGAAUCAUGGCUCAAAGCCAAAAAUUGAUCCUUCCAACUUUUCUCGGUAUCCAGCUUUGAUAUCAAGUGACCCGGACAGUUGGGCCAGUCCAGGGGGGGGGGGUGGUAUAAAAGUCCCCUCGCCUGAACCCAGAAGUCCUGGACUGACUCCUACAGCUCUGUGAUCUCCAGGCCCUGCCCUUCAGCUGGUACAGAUGGCAUUGUUCCAGUACUUCUCCUUGGCCACAGAGCUACUACUGGCCACUGCCAUCUUCUGUAUAGUAUUUUGGGUGGUCAGAGCUUUAAGACCCCGGGUCCCCAAAGGUCUGAAGAGUCCACCUGGACCCUGGGGAUGGCCCUUCAUUGGGCAUAUGCUGACCCUGGGGAAGAACCCACACCUGUCACUGACAAAGCUGAGCAAGCAGUAUGGGGAUGUGCUGCAGAUCCGCAUUGGCUCCACACCUGUGGUGGUGCUGAGUGGCCUGGACACCAUCCGCCAGGCCCUGGUACGGAAGGGAGAUGACUUCAAGGGCCGGCCAGACCUCUACAGUUUCACACUUAUCACUAAUGGCAAGAGCAUGACUUUCAACCCAGACUCUGGACCGGUGUGGGCUGCCCGUCGGCGCCUGGCCCAGGAUGCCCUGAAGAGUUUCUCCAUAGCCUCAGACCCGACCUCCACAUCUUCUUGCUACUUAGAGGAGCACGUGAGCAAGGAGGCUAACCAUCUAGUCAGCAAGUUCCAGAAGCAGAUGGCAGAGGUUGGCCACUUCGAACCCGUCAAUCUGGUGGUGGAAUCAGUGGUUAACGUCAUUGGAGCCAUGUGCUUUGGAGAGAACUUCCCCCGGAAGAGCGAGGAGAUGUUGAGCAUUGUGAAGAGCAGCAGCGACUUUGUGGAGAAUGUCUCCUCAGGGAAUGCUGUGGACUUCUUCCCCAUCCUGCGCUACCUGCCCAACCCAGCCCUCAAGAGGUUUAAGAACUUCAAUGACAAAUUUGUGCUGUUUCUACAGAAGACAGUCCAGGAGCACUAUCAAGACUUCAACAAGAACAGUAUCCAGGACAUCACGGGUGCCCUAUUCAAGCACAGUGAGAACUCCAAAGACAAUGGUGGCCUCAUCCCUCACGAGAAGAUUGUCAACAUUGUCAAUGACCUCUUUGGAGCAGGAUUUGACACAGUCACAACAGCCAUCUCCUGGAGCCUUUUGCUCCUCGUGACACAUCCCAAUGUGCAGAGGAAGAUCCACAAGGAGCUGGACACGGUGAUUGGGAGGGACCGGCAACCACGGCUUUCUGACAGACUUCAGCUGCCUUAUAUCGAGGCCUUCAUCCUGGAGAUCUACCGAUACACAUCCUUUGUCCCCUUCACCAUCCCCCACAGCACAACGAGGGACACCUCACUGAAUGGCUUCCACAUUCCCAAGGAGCGUUGUAUCUUCAUAAACCAGUGGCAGGUCAACCAUGACGAGAAGCAGUGGGAAGACCCCUUUGUGUUCCGUCCAGAGCGGUUUCUCACUGAUAAUAACACAGCCAUCAACAAGACACUGAGUGAAAAGGUGAUGCUCUUUGGCUUGGGAAAGCGCCGGUGCAUUGGGGAGAUCCCGGCCAAGUGGGAAGUCUUCCUCUUCUUAGCCAUCAUGCUGCAGCAGCUGGAGUUCAGUGUGCCACCAGGCACGAAGGUGGACCUGACACCCACCUAUGGGCUGACGAUGAAGCCUGGGAUCUGCAAACACCUCCAGGCGAGGCCACGCUUUUCCAAGUGAAGAUGGCCGAGGCAGGGGAGGAGGCAUCCAUGGGGCCAUCACCUCCCUUUCUGUCUAAAUAACAGCUUUUUUGAAGUAUAAUUCUUUCAACAUAUAAUUCACCUCCAAUCAGUUUUAGAAUAUCAUCUGUCAUAUGCCCCCAAACCUAUACCAUUAAGAUUUAUGACUACUCCUCCUAACCUGUCUUCCUCGCCCCACCAGAUGCUAAUCUGGUUUUUGACUCAAUACAUUUGCCUAUUCUGGCCAUUUCACAUAAACUCGACGACUGAUGGAUGGUCUGUGACUGCUCUUCUCACCUAACACAGUUCUUUCAAGAUUCACUCAUGUUGGCAUGUAGGUUAAUAAGCCUUGCUUUCCUGAGUCCUGGAUUCCACGCAGGCCUCGUUCUGUUUCCUCAUAGUUAAUGGUAGGCACUUCCGUUCUGCUUCCUCCUUCCUCUCUUCUUCUAGGACUUGAGUCUUUGCAUACUUGAGAGGGACAAAGAAAUCCAGCCUAUGUCCUAUCCUCAAAAAGUAGAAGGUGUGACUUUCCAUGGUCGGGGAGAAUAACAACCCCAGAUGUAUGUGGGGUGACUGGAGAGUAAAAACAGGGACCUGGGGAGAUGAUUCUGUGGGUCAAAGUGAUUGCUGUGCAAGCAUGGGGACCUAAGUUUGAAUCUUAACCUUUCACGUAAAACAGGGGGACACAGCUGUACCUGGCUAGAACCCCAAAGCUGUUGUGCAGAGACAGGUAGAUCCUGGGGCCUUACUGGCCAGCCUAGCCAAACAGCCAGCUCCCAGGUUCAGUAAGUAACCCUGCCUCAGAGAAAUAAGGCACAGCCGGGCGGUGGUGGCGCACGCCUUUAGUCCCAGCACUCGGGAGGCAGAGCCAGGUGAAUCUCUGUGAG